CACUAUACAGGCCCGUUCGCUCCUCAUUCCACGCCCAUAUAUCUUCACAAAUUCCUCUCGGUCGCAGCAGACAGAGAACCGCCUCCGCAUCAGGACCAAACAGGUGUUGUCGAAUGGUUUCCUCAUCCCAUGCACCCUUGUUAGUAUCAAGCAGAUCAGCCACCAGAACUGGGCUGACAGCUUCGUCCAUGAGCCUUCCCAUUGGUUUUAGAUAGGACAUAUUAGGUAGCCAAUUGUCUAGCUAUAGACGGACGUGGACUGGCCAUCGCCAAUUCUUCUAAUGAGGCCUUGUUUUAACACAUUUCUCCCACACAUAAUUGAUUUCCAAGUUCUGGAGACACUCUUUGGGCACCCCGCCGAUAGGACAUCACCAUCGGGGAAGACGGGAAGUACCUCCCUCUCAACACCCAAGCACAAAGGAUCUCCGGUUUCUCAAGCAGACGCCAAACUUGUUUGCCCAACAUCGCGUCAUUAAACAAUUAGAAGUCACAGAAACCCAGCGCGCCCGCCAGCACACUUCGGAACCGCCAGUCACUGCCGCGACUGGGAGUGCAUCCCUCUCUUAUCAAGUGAACCACUCCACCAGAAUUUUGACAUCACUGUCGUUAGUUUGGAGCACAACCCUUAGUGAGUUUGAAACAACUCAUAAUAGAGACGUUUUAUUUUUCAUAUCUCGAUGAUGAUCAGCAUCAACGGAUGCCUGCCUCUUACAAACGAAUAAUAAACGCGAGUCUCUAAACACGAACAUACGCGGGUCAUGACAAGAAGAAGAAGCAAAACGUGAUGGCGUACCGUGUAGUACCGCAGGACAGGAAAAGGCAGGGUCUGUCCCGUGAACGCAUCAUCAGCGGCCCUGUUAAGGGAGGACCGGAAACCGAAAAACCCUCUUUCAAAUCCAAUUUAUACUUUGCUGCUUCAGUUAUAGACUUUGCACGAACACAACACAACAAGGGGGGACAGAAAGCGAGCGAGCAAGCAAUGCAGGACGCCGCCGCCCAUGACCCCAGCAGAACCUUCUACUCCGCCGCCGCCGGGGUCUAUUCCAGCACCCACGCCCCCGUCCCGCUCCCCGCCGACCCCGGCCUCUCCCUCGUCCCCCACCUCUUCUCCCGCCUCCCCCUCGACGCGGCCCCGCAUUCCCUCCUCCUCCGCGACGCCGCGACCGGCGCCUCCCUCACCCGCGCCGACCUCCGCCGCCUCGUCUCCUCCCUCGCGCAUGGCCUCCGCCAGACCCACCGCGUCCGUGCCGGCGCGGUCGUGCUCCUCGUCCUCCCCAACUCCAUCGCCUUCCCCAUCGCCUUCCUCGCCGUGCUCGCCGCCGGCGCCGUCGCCACCACGAUGAACCCCUACAGCAGCUCCGCCGAGAUCGCCGACCGCGUCAGGGAAACCCGCCCGUGCCUCGUCCUCGCCUCGCGCGACAACGUCUCGAAGCUCCCGCCCUUCGCCGGCGCACCCGUCGUCCUCGUGCCCCAUCUGCUUACUGCCGCCCCGGCGGACGAACAGUUCGCGCCCUUCCACGCGCUGCUCGGUUCCGGCGCCGGUGACGAGUUCCCGUCGGCGGAGGUCGGCCAGGAUGACGCCGCCGCCGUGCUCUACUCGUCGGGGACCAGCGGCCGGAGCAAGGGCGUCGUGCUCACGCACCGCAACCUCAUCACCAUGGUCGAGCUCUUCGUGCGCUUCGAGGUGUCCCAGUACGCGCGACCUGCUUGCGACAAUGUCUACCUGGCCGCGCUGCCCAUGUUCCACGUCUACGGCCUCUCCCUCUUCGCCGUCGGCCUCCUUUCGCUCGGCUCCACCGUCGUCGUCAUGAACAGGUUCGACGUCGGCGAGGCCGUCAGUGCCAUCCACAGGUACAAGGUCACGCACUUGCCACUCGUGCCGCCCAUCAUGACGGCGCUGCUCAGGGCCAAGGCCACCGCAGGGGCAGGCGCCUUGCCGUUGGGGUCCCUUGUGCAGGUCUCCUCUGGUGCAGCUCCGCUCAGCGGCAGACUCAUACAAGAUUUCAUCAAGGCUUUUCCACACGUCGAUUUCAUUCAGGGGUAUGGCAUGACAGAAUCUACUGCUGUGGGAACCCGCGGCUUCAAUUCUUCAAAGCACAAGAAUUAUGCCUCAGUAGGUCUUUUAGCACCAAACAUGCAUGCCAAAAUUGUUGAACUGGAAACUGGCUUCUGUUUACCUCCAGGCUCUUGUGGGGAGUUGUGGCUCCAUGGUCCAGCUGUAAUGAAAGGUUACCUGACUGAUGAGGAUGUGUGCACAAGAAAGGAUGGCUGGCUGCGGACUGGUGACCUUGCUUACUUUGAUUCCGAUGGGUACUUGUACAUAGCGGGCCGUUUGAAAGACACUAUCAAGUAUAAAGGAUUUCAGAUAGCUCCGGCUGACCUUGAAGAAGUUUUGGUCCAGCACCCUGAAGUUGUUGAUGUUGCUGUGACAUCUGCCGAAGAUGAAGAAGCUGGAGAGAUACCAAUAGCAUUCGUGGUGAGGAAAUCUGGAAGCACUCUGACUUGUGUGCAAGUGAUGGAGUAUGUGGCCAAGCAGGUAAAAAGAUGGUGUCGCCGCACAAGAAAGUUCGCAGGGUAAUAUUCGUGAAUGCAAUACCCAAAUCGGCUGCUGGCAAGGUUCUGAGAAGGCUUCUCAAGGACUCUCUCCACCACCUUGAUGUUGAUUCUCCUUCCAGUUCCAAUCCCAGUUCCAGAUUGUGACCAGAGAUUUCUGGUGACAGGAUGAGUCGAUCAAUGGAACAGAACAGAAUGGAAUGGAAUGCUGAAUGCAUGCUGCUGCGUAUAGAAUUGGAUCGUUGAAACGAGAGAAAGAAUAUUGAUUGAUAAAUUAUUGUGUUGCAAUUUAUUUUUUCUUUCGCUGGAGAUUGAGUAUAACUGAUAUGGAAGCAACUCGAUGAGUUUUAUAGUGGAGUAACAAGAAUUACAAGACUCGGAUCAAUAGAAUGGAAUUCACUGUGACGCGUUAGUGCUAA